AUGGCUCGCACAGUGUUGUCCCUGGCCGGCUUGGCACUCGUGGCGCUGGCGGCCGUCCUCGUCCUAGCCCACCCUGCGGCAGCCGAGGAGAAGAAGACUCUCGGCGGUAACGUCAACGAGCGCGACUUUAUGCUCGCCGUCUUUGUGGGUGGCAUUCCCGGUGUCAUCUCUCUCGGUGCCGCCGUCUUCUGCCAGCACCUGUGA